AUGGCAGCUGCAGACUUCCUCUACUUGACUUUGUGGGUCGCCACAGUCUUCGCCAGCGGACUCGGCUGCCCUGAGCUCUGUACCUGCUCAGAUAAAUACAGCCGCCCUUUCGCUGAUUGCACCUACAAAGACAUGACUGAAGUCCCACAUGGUUUGCCUUCCAAUGUCAAAACUGUGAGUCUCUCCGCUAACAACAUCCGUUCGAUACCACUGGGGAGUUUCGACAAUAACACCCAGGUGACUUCGCUGUGGCUGGCCAACAAUAAAAUCGUCUCCAUUGAACAAGGGACGCUCGCACCUUUGAUCCAUCUGCGUAACUUUGACAUCAGCUACAAUAAAAUCGUGGACUUUCCGUGGGAGGAUCUGCAGAAUCUCACAGCCCUGCUUCUGUUGAAGAUGAACCACAACGAGAUGGUCCACCUGCCGAGGGACGCCUUCUCCACCCUCAAGGACCUGAGGUCCCUCCGGCUCAACAACAACAAAUUUAUAACCAUAGCUGAAGGGACGUUUGACGGUUUGGUGUCUUUGUCCCAUCUGCAGAUUUUUAACAAUUCUUUUGCGUGCACCUGUUCCCUUGAUUGGCUCAGAGCCUUUAUUUCUACAACCACCAUCACAGUCGCGGAGCAGAAUUGGAUUAUUUGUGCAAGUCCAGAGAAACUUAAGGGGGAAGUGAUCGUGAAAUUGCCGGAGUCAAAGUGCACGAGCCCAAACGUCACAAUACAAACUGAACCAAAUAUUCAAAACUUCACCGUCUACGAGGACAGCACAUUGGUCCUGACGUGUGAAUUCACAGGAAACCCAAAGCCUCUGGUCAUGUGGAAUAUUCACAGCAGAAGCCAGAAGCAAGAGCUGGCUUUGCCGUUCACCGAGGACGACUCGGCAGAAUCAAAUGAGGACACCUCGAUGUCCCCUCACCCUGUCAAAGUCUUUCAUAAUGGGACUCUUAUAAUUUCACACCUUAGGAAAGAAGAUGGUGGCAACUACAGCUGCUCAGCCACUAAUGAGUUUGGUAGAUCCGAAGAUUCAGUGUCAGUGGAGGUGGUGGCUUCGCCGAAACCAACACCCAUAACACAGAUGCCCACAACAACCAUACCUUACACUGAAACACACACAUCCACACACCAACAAACAACCGAGAAGAUAUCUGUUUAUGAUUCUGUGCGUCUGACUGAUGUAAAGAGAAAAGACUUCACGAGCACUGUACCGACUGUCCCGCCCACUGCAGAGACUAAUUCAAAGUCUUAUGAAGAGGAAAGAAGACAUCCAUCACACGCCAGUGAAUGUGGCGUGACGGCGAAUACGAGAUACAUCUCUAACCAUGUCUUUAACGGGAGCCUGGAUGAUAUCAAGCAGUACACAUUUGACUUUGGUGUCAUUGCAUUAGGGGUGUCAGAAACAGAGGCAACGGUGCGACUCAACCCUCUUCUAAUACCCAGAGAGAAGAGCGCCAACCGGGCUGCUGCCGCCGCCGCUGCAUCUGAGGGCUUCCACGCUGACAGCGAAGAGCGCCACGGCCCCUCAGACGUCUCUGAAAAAGGCCUUUCCAGUGGCUUGUAUCUGUGUGUCACUGCCGACCGCAAGCACUCGGCCGUGCAGUGGUCAAGAAUCAAGGAAGGCGUGAACACGUAUCUGUUCAGCGGUUUACGCCCUGGCACCAACUACUCCCUGUGUCUGACCUACAGGGGGGACGACUGUGAGGUCCAGGUGCUGUUCACCACCAGGAGGAGGGUCCCGAACCUGCUGAUCAUCAUCUCGGUCAGCAUCUGCCUCCUGACCGUGUCUACCGUGCCUCUGCUGGGCGCGACGUGCUUCCACCUGGUGUACAAGUAUCGCAGCAAGACGUACAAGCUGAUCCUGAAGGCCAAAGACCAGUACCACAUGGAGAGGAACCUCACGGCCAACUUCAACAUCCACGGCACUCACACCGACUCCCAGAGGAAGAUCAACGGCAGCCAGCUGGACGAAGAGGAGGGCGAGACGGAGAGCGGGGACGGAGAGAAAGAGGCAGACACGGAGGAAAGUGUGGUGACCGAGUCAUUCACUUUGUCUCAGUGCAGGGGGAACUUAGACGACUGCGAGGUAGGAUCUGAGUACAGCGAUAGGCUGCCUCUGGGAGCUGAAGCAGUGAACAUCACUAGCAACUACAAAUAUCCAAAUCAGUAA